AAAAGGUUGCGCACCGUUGCUCUUGGUCGUCGAAAUAAAUAUUCGGAGGCGUCCACUAUUUAAAAAGAGAUCAGUAUGUUUGGGAACAGGGUUGGGUUGGGUUUCUGGUGAUGGUGGCGAUGAAGUGUAUUUUAAACGUCAGUAUAAAAAUGCGAACGUUAAUUCUUGUAAUAAUCCGUUUGGCUUUUGCAUUUUACUCCCGCCCAGAGUCGUACUUCUCGGCGGCGUUCCGGUAUAUAGGCCGUCUGUUCGAUAGCACGAACUCGGACCUUCGUAGAGGCAUGCCCCUCAUGUGGUGGUCGUUUCUUCCAUUCACGUCGGAUCUCCAGCAGACGACAAUCGUUUCGUUUUACCAAGAGCAUAUGAGACGGAUGAAAAAAGGAAUGUUUUCGGACGGUGGCGGCAAUGCAAUGACGAACACGAGAAUCUUACCACCCGGUUGCCCAUUACACAGUCCAACCGACGACACACUACCACCAUUGGACACGGUGUACGAUAACAUUAUCCGUAGGAAACCCGACGACCUGACGAAACGGGACCCGAGACGCCGGAACAUGCUUUGGCACACGUUCUAUCAGUAUUUCGUUUUGCAAUUUCUCGAUGAGGAUUUCAAUUCAACGGUGACGGGCUCCCAGCUGUACGGGACCGAUGGAACCGCCCGUGGAGAGUUGAGAUCGUUUGUCGGCGGAAAGCUGAGAACCGAACGUCGUCUGAACGACGAGCACUAUCCACCGCGGCUUACGCUCAUCGAAAAGUUCAUCUCGGCGUUUUCCCGGAUAAGGGCCGGUGGACCAACUCAUUGGGUAAAUAUCUUCGCCGUUUUACUACCGUCUCGUCGUGGCUGCGGUGUUCUGUAGUAGUAUAUCUA